AUGGAUAGUCGCUAUCAUAAUCAAAAUAAUGAUUCAAAUUUAUUUGUAAAUCUAUCACAUUUGUUAUUGUCAAAGAUUACUAAUGGAUUGAUUGAUAACAUAGAUAGAGUUUGUCUAAGUCUAGUUUGUAAAAGAUUAUAUAAUGAAAGACAUAAAUAUCUAUCUUUUAGUACGAGAUAUAUCAAAGCUAUCAAAGAAGAUAUUACAAAUGAAAUCUAUUUGAAUUCAUAUAAAUCUAUUCUAAUCAAUUCAAUCAAUCAAAUAACAAAUUGUACAUUAUUAAACGAUAAACAAAAACAUAUUGAUAAAAUAGCUUCAAAUGUAAAUCAACUUGAUUUUUCUACCGACUUUUCAGUACAUUUGGAGGUUGGUCAGUCGCUUACAGAGAAAAUCUAUUAA